AUGGGAAUUCAACAAAAAUUUGCCAUUAAUGUAUGCAUUUUAAUAUAUUUGACAAUAUUUUCAAGUGAAUCAACACCAUUAGAUGAUUAUGUUCAUGCUGAAGAUCCUCAUUUUGGUUGGACAUUAAUUAAUACUUAUGAUGAAAUUGACUAUAAAUUAUACAUUCUUAAUUUUACUUCGCAAAAAUGGCUCGAUGAAAAUUAUUCAUCUCGAUCAAUUUGGUGGCAUUAUUUAUGUAUAACAGUACCAAAGAAAUUAACUCGACCUGACACAGCAUUUUUGUUCAUUGAUGGAGGAAGCAAUAAUGAUUCUAUUCCUCAACCUCAAGAUCUUUUUGUUGCAGCAACUGCAAUGAUUGCUGUAGGAAUUGGAAGUGUUACAGCUGAUCUUCAAGAUGUUCCAAAUGGACCUAUUCGUUUUACGGAUGAUCCAGCAAAUCGAUCACGUAUUGAAGAUGCAACACUUGCUUGGACAUGGAGAAGUUUCAUUAAAGACUCAUCAAAUAUUUAUGCACCGUUAAAUUUGCCCAUGACCAAAGCAGCAUAUCGUGCAAUGGAUGCUGUUCAACAAUUUACUGAACAAUAUAAUAUAACAACACCAAAGAAAUUUGCUGUUGCGGGUGCUUCGAAACGUGGAUGGGCAACGUGGUUAACAGCUGCUGUUGACACAGAACGAGUUGUUGCUGCUAUUCCAAUUGUAAUGGAUAUCUUAAAUUUCCAAGCGAAUUUACACCAUAUGUAUCGCUCGUUAAUUGGUUGGACAUUUAUAUUUGAAGAAUAUUAUGCAGCUAAUAUAACACUAAAUGUUGAUAAUGUUAAUAUGACGAAAUUAUCAGCGAUUAUUGAUCCAUUAAAUUAUAUCGAUCGAUUUUCGAAAACAAAAAUUCUACAGAUUCAAUCAACUGGCGACGAAUUUUUUCUUCCUGAUAAUGAAGCUGCUUUUUGGAAAGAUCUUCAAAUUGCAACAGGUGGAUCAUUUCUUCGACGAAUGCUUAAUGCCGAUCAUUCUUGUGUUGGUCAUAUUAUAAGUUUAUUCUUUUCAAUGCGAAGUUUUUAUAUCAGUGUUUAUGAUAAUCGACCAUUACCAAAACUUCAAUGGAUGAAAUCAUCGAAUAAUACACAUGGUUAUAUUCGUGCAACUGUUGACUUUAGUGUUGGACCAAAACCAAUCAGUGCACUUGGUUAUCGUGCUCAAACUCUUGAUAAUAAACGACGUGAUUUUCGUUUUUUUAUUGGAAAUCCUAAUGAUCCAACGAAACCAAUGGCAAAUCCAGUUUUUUGGUCAACAACAAAUCUUGUUAUUGAAGAAGAAACAACUACAACUAUCGUUUACUCAUUAACAAUUGAAAAUCCAAAGAGUGGCUGGGAAGGUUUUCUUAUUCAAGUGAAUUUUCCUGGUCUUGAUGGAACUGUUCUAGAAUUAACAACAGAAACACAAAUUAUUCCUGAUACUUAUCCAACUGGUGAUUGUCAUGGUGAACAAUGUUUAGGUACACUUGUUUAA